AUGGCGCCUAUCCCAGAAACGCUCUAUACGCUCCUCUGGACCCGGAAGGCGACGACCUUGGAUGCCACUCUCACCGAGAAGAUGGCCGUCCUGGUGGUGUUUUCCCAUGUGCUGGCCUUGUACACGCUGGUCUGUUGGCUGGGUGCCCGAAAGACGAUAGUGCGUUCAUUUUGGCUUACGGUCUCCUUCAUACAAGCAGAUGGCAUCGAUCCCCGGAAGCCCCGACACGUCCUCGAGAGGCAGUUUGCCAAACUCCCGCAACUUGAAGAAGCAGCCUCGGCUCGCAGACCUGAUGUGGUAUCGUCUCCUGACCUGCAGGUCUGA